AUGGAUAACAAGCAGGUUGAACAUUGGGAAGUUUUUGAAUGGUUCAGAGUUUCAAGUAAUUUGUAUCAAUUGAUUCUUUUAGUUCUUAUUGAGCUAAAAGAUACUUCAGGGAAAACUCGUUUAAUCAUUGAAGAAGACUUAAGUGUAAUGAAUGAAAUAAAUGAAAUAAAUGACAAAUACAACAAUUUAUUGGCCAAAUACAACGAAUUAUUGGCAAAGAGGAAUGCUGAAAGCACAAAUUCCGGUCACAAAGAUGGGAAAACACUACCGCAAAAAUUUGACAAAGUAAAUGAACAAUUUGAACAUGAGUUCGAGCAAAUGAAUGAACAACUUUUAGAAAAUAAGAAGAUAGAUGCUCAGAUUGUAGAAAUAUUAAAUUUACAAUCUGCACUUGGAGAUGCUAUUAAUGAAUUAACAAAUACGAAGAAAAAAGUUUUUGCUUUACAAGUUGAACUCAAAGAUGUUAAUAAUUAUGCUGAGAAAAAACUUUUAAAUUUACAAGUUGCACUUGGGGAUACUACUAAUGAAUUAACAAGUGCUAAGAAAAAAGUUUUCAAUUUACAAGCUGCACUUGGAGAUGCUACUAAUACAGACAAAAACGGAAAGUUCAGUUGUUUGGAAGCAGCAAUUAUGAAUCACACUGAUUUAAUGAUUAAAUGUACUACUGAACUAUUUCAAACAAGAGAUAUAUAUGAUCACAUUACCAAAAUGACUCGUCAAAAAAUAUAUGAAACACUUGAGUUGUAUGGGUUCAAUUCUGAUCAUCCAUUCAUUAAUUCAAUCAGAAAUAAUAUUAUUGAUGAAAUGAACAAAUAUCGUGAAAUUCUGGACGAAGAAAAAAAAAGAAGAAUGUCACUAGGAACUGGCCCGUUCUGGUAUUAA